AUUUUCUGCUUUCCCUUUUGGCCAGCAACAAAGAUUUAGAUAGAUGACGAACGAAAAAUCUGCAGGGAUUCACAAUUCUCCCCCCGCAACUUCUGAAGUGCCAUCGGCUCCUCCCGUCGUUAAUGCUGAAAUGCAACAAAGAGCAAGCGAUGGCCCUGCCUCAACUACUACACCCUCAGCGAAUGCUGUAAAUCAGACGCAGGAUCAUGUUGGGGCACCGAAUCCCUCGCCAUAUAGCGAGCCACCUCCAUCAUAUCAGAUGGCAACGAAUUAUCCCACCACUCCGUACCCAAAUGCAGGCAUGCCGUCCAUGCCGGGAGCCGUCCCCCCUAGUUACCUACCCAAACCACCUUCAGCAUAUCCCCCUGCUCCCAAUCAACCUCCCAUGUAUUACCCCACUCAAGGUAUUGGAGUAGCUCAGUAUCCACAAGGGGAGAGGAUACCAGUGACAACAGCUCAAGUUGUGGUUUCGGUUGGCAAUGGCUUUACUUGUCCACACUGUAAUGUUGGAAUCGUCACCAAGGAAACGGACAUGUGCUGUAUGUUAUGUCUGAUUUUGCUGACUAUCUUCACAUUCCCAUUCGGUUUGGUCUUCCUCUGCUGUCUUCCAUGUACUGUAAGCCGUCGUUGCUCAAACUGUCGACGAACUGUAUAACUAUCUGUUUAAGUGCACUCUUGCCUAACUUUUUUCUUCACUUGAAAUAAUUUUUUACUGCUCAUCAAAUUCUACAUAUGUAUGCUUUCUUUCCACACCCCACGCUCCUUUGUGAUGUUAUCCUGCGGCCGUGAUGUAAAGUUAUAGGUAUCACACAUGGUUGUGAUAUUCAAGAAUUGCACGAACGCAAGCACCCACCUCGAGUAGAAUCAAACACUAUUUUCUGCUGUAAUUGUCAAUGGGUAUUCUCUAGAUUCUAAGCAUCGCCUUAAUUUCGUGAUAGCUGCGCCUUAUGGACGUUGUAUUCAGCAGACUUAACAAAUGAUUUCAUUUUCAUGUAGAUAAAUAUUGUAGAAAAGUUUUUUUAUAUUCGAGCUGCAGAUGCAGGCAAUAAAAUUGCACAUAAUGUCGAAUCAGCUCCUUUACAAA